AUGAGCGGUCGCACAACCAACGGUACCCGUCGCACAGAUGCAGGAGGCGUCGAAAAGAAAGCUUGGGCGAGCGGUCGCGUUCUCACUGCUGAGCAGCGUCAACGAAAGCAAGAGGUCGAUCGCAAGGCCAACAGGUUUUUGAAGAAAGAAGUACAAGACCGACUCGCCCUGCUAGAAGCACGCGUCCUACAGCUGGAGGCCUCUGGUCCUAAAGGCGAAACCAAAGAUGCGCCCGCAGCGACCACGCCGGGCACUGUUUUGACUGGAAGUACCAGUCCAGCAUCAACAGACAUCGACGGGACAAUAGCACCCUCCCUCGAGACUAUCCCGGCUCCUCAAUACUGGGACCAGCCGAUAGGAUUUUCCCAUGAUGUGCCGAACGAUACUACAACACCAACAGGCAGUGUCGGAGGCCAAACUUUGCGCCCGUCAAAUACCAUCGACGGUCUCAAUGCCAAUCGAAUAGCACCACAUCCACAGCUGCUGGCGCAGUUCACGGCGGGAGGAAAGCCCACAGCAGAGGGUCGAGAGCUGACUCUGUUUCUAAACCACCUGGUAGACCACAUUCGCAACGUCUCGCCGGAUCGGGUCUGCUACGACGAUGAGCACAACCAGGAUGUAAUUAUUUCGGCCGUUCUGAAAGGCUGGAAGUUCGCGCUGUCCCGCUACGAGCAGAUCUGUCCCUUGUGGGAGGUACUCCAGAUGGUCGACCUGUGCCUGUUCAAGGAGUGUAACAUGAUCGAGCGGGUUAGUUGUCUUCGCAUGCUGCACAAGCGGUACAUGUUUGAGACAAAGAACGUGGCAGUACAAGUAGAGGGCCCGCUGCCAGCUUGGUUCCAGCCUCACGUAACGGAGACCCUCAUCGCCCACGAACCAGUCAUCGAUCAUUUGACAUGGCCCAAACUCAGAGAGCGAAUGAUGUCCUCGCAAACCGAUAUGCUCACGAACAAGUUCUGGGCUCUCUUUGCACGAAACCUCCGAGUCGCAUGGCAAUUCGAGCCGUUCGACAUCAUGGCUGUUUCGCCCAGGUCUUCUAUGUACCACCUCAGCAAUAGAUUUGAGAGUGGCCUAUUGGACAUGGCGAACUGGCGCAUGGAUAUCAACUUCUUCUACGACUUUCCUGGUCUGGCAGACGAUAUCCCAGCGGCGAAUUAUAUGCCCUUGACACAAAUCCAGCCUCGAUUUGGCUUGAUGGAACGAAUGCUACUACAGCAACAGGAACAGCAGAGAAUGAUGAAUCAGCAGAGACGAGGGACAUAUGCUGGCGAGCUUCCGCCACGCACUACGCACGUCGUGUCCGAGGAGGCGAUGUAUGAAACGACGGGUCCAGUUUCGUGGAAUCAUUUCUAUACUUGA